GCAGGCUACAAGUUCAGGGACUUCCCCCGCAAAACGCAGUUGGAAUCAGUUUCGGUUACUCGCCGUCUGUGUCGCUGCUAGUGUCGUACGGGUUGUGCGCUUCUUGAAGCAGAUGAAACACUUUAUGCAACCCUUAUCUAAAAUGGCGUGAUAGCACACUCACAGCGCUGGUAGCCGGUUUUGGAAUACAGCCUUUGAUAGUUUCGAUUUCCGUUUAUGAUCCGCGAUUCAAGAAAAUCGAGACGGGGGAAACAGCGAAAAAAGCUCCCAUUGCCGGUUCCGGAAAAAAUCUUCGAGAUCACAACAUGUCGUACGGAGACAUGGACUUUGCUGAUAUUGAUAUGGAAUUGGAGGAAAUUGCAGCAGCAGAGGUGGAAAAUAAUCAGCCAGAUGAGGAAGAAUUAUUGCAAGGAGCACCACUUCCGGCAGCAGAAAUUCCUCAACAAGACAUCGAUCAUCCAAUUCUUGAAGCACAACAGGCAGGUGACGGUCAAGUCGCACAACCACAACAGGCAGGUGAUGGUCCAAUUGCAGAACCACAGCAAGUAGGUGUUGAUCCAGUCGCACAACCACAGCAAGCAGGUGAUGGUCCAGUCACACAACCACAACCUCAGGCAGCAAUGAUUCGCUAUUAAGGCAAUCUAUAUCGAAAAGUCAUCCCUGAUGUUCAUCAGGAGGCCCUGUAGCGACAUCCACAACAGCGGGUCAUUAAUCAAGACCAGCAGCAAAUAAUUGAUCAGCCACCGGCAGCACCUUUAGUCGCAGGACUCAGAGAAGACCGGCAGCCAGCGGCAGCCCAAAAUCUGCGAAGAAGCCAACUUGCGAGGAACCCCCAGCUUGAACGAUUGCGUGUGUUCCCUGCGAGGCAAGAUCGCAAAGAAGAUGCAACGAGAAACAUAGCUGGAAUCAAGUCACGGGGUAAACCACUGGCAUGAAAAUAGAACAAACGGAUCAAUAUUAGACCGAGA